UCCCGGAAGGGGCGUGGCUCUUCAGAGGCGGCAAAUUGCGAGGAGACGCCGCCGCCUUCAUGCUGCCGGCGGACUGCUCGCGCCGGCUGGUGGCCGAACUGCAGGGCGCCCUGGACGCCUGCGCACAGCGACAAUUGCAAUUGGAGCAGAGCCUGCGCGUUUGCCGUCGGCUGCUGCAGGCCUGGCAACCAACUGGGACCCGGGCUUUGAAGCCACCUCCAGGGCCAGAAACUAAUGAAGAGGACCCCCUUCCAGCAUGCACACCCAGUCCACAAGACCUCAAAGAGUUGGAGUUUGUGACCCAGGCACUGGAGAAGGCUGUACGGGUUCGAAGAGGCAUCACUAAGGCUGGAGAAAGAGACAAGGCCCCCAGCCUGAAAUCUAGGUCCAUUGUCACCAAUCCUGGCACGACAGCCUCCGCCCCACCCCAGUCCCCAGGCCAAGCUGGCCAAGCUGGUGGCCGUGCUUCAGACACGAGACCCACCAAGGGCCUCCGCCAGACCACCGUGCCUGCCAAGGGCCACCCUGAGCGCCGGCUGCUGUCAGUGGGGGAUAGGACCCGUGUUGGGAUGGGAGCCCGAGCCCCCAGGCCUGGGGCGGGCCUCAGGGACCAACAAAUGGCCCCAUUGGCUGCUCCUCAGGCCCCAGAAGCCUUCACACUCAAGGAGAAGGGGCACCUGCUGCGGCUGCCUGCAGCAUUCAGGAAAGCAGCUUCCCGGAACUCGAGCCUGUGGGCCCAGCUCAGUUCCACACAGACCAGUGAUUCCAUGGAUGCCGCUGCUGCCAAAACCCAGUUCCUCCAGAACAUGCAGACAGCUUCAGGCGGGCCGCAGCCCAGGCUCAGUGCUGCGGAGGUGGAGGCUGAGGCAGGUCGCCUGCGGAAGGCCUGCUCACUGCUGAGACUGCGCAUGAGGGAGGAGCUCUCGGCAGCCCCCAUGAACUGGAUGCAGGAGUACCGCUGCCUGCUCACGCUGGAGGGGCUGCAGGCCAUCGUGGGCCAGUGUCUGCACAGGCUGCAGGAACUGCGUGCAGCGGUGGCAGAACAGCCACCAAGACCGUGUCCUGUGGGGAGGCCCCCCAGAGCCUCGCCGUCCUGUGGGGGUGGAGCGGAGCCUGCAUGGAGCCCCCAGCUGCUUGUCUACUCCAGCACCCAGGAACUGCAGACCCUGGCGGCCCUCAAGCUGCGAGUGGCUGUGCUGGACCAGCAGAUCCACUUGGAAAAGGUCCUGAUGGCUGAACUCCUCCCCCUGGAGCUGCUGACUCAUUUGAAACCCCCAACCACGCUGCGACUGUACACCUGGUGACUUUCCAGAGCAGGUGGUCCCCACCCAACCUUAUUUCACUGGCUGACGGCUCAUGGCUCAUCCCCCAUGCCUACUGGAUGUUUGCCUCAGGAGGACCGGGGUGCUGUCCCCCCCUACCCCGGCCAGGCCCUGAUGGGAGCCAGACGUGCACUGACUCACUGAUCCACCAAUCCCGGGGCCAACCCAGAGGACAGUGGUGUCCUGGAGCAGGGAGGCGUCCUAGAUAGCUUUGUGGGGGUCCUGAGGAGGCCCCGACACAGGAGUCCAGGGCGGGAAAGACAGGCCUGCUCCUCCGACUAACGCCCGCCCACCCCGAUUCCCCGCCAAAACCCAGAGGCAGCGGCUGACUCCCCGGGCUCCCGGCUGGCGUCACCGCCUCUGGAGCCAAUGGGCUCUGACGUGGCGAGCCCGGAACGCCACUGGGACUGCGCGGGCGUCCACACCACCCACCGAGCGCGGCCACCGCGUUGGCGGCAUGAGCGCGCUCGAGCCUCCCCCCUCGGCGCCCGCCUCGCCCCCCGGGGCCCUGCGCGCCCUGCUCUUGGCCACCGGCAGCGCUGGGGGCUCGUGGCCGCGCUGCAUUCUGCCUUUCGGUGCCGUGGCCGUGCUGGCUGGUGCAGCUGCCACGGCCAUCACCUUCUCGCUGCGGGGACCCCGCCUGGACCUGGCCCAGGGCUGGUCGCUGGCCGCGCUCAGUGCGGGCCUGGGUCUCCUGACCGCCGCCUUCCUGUGCUGGCGCGCUCGGCGGAGGCGAAGGGCCGGGCGCAGGGAGCCGGGGGCGCCCUGAGCCGCGGGCGAGGCCCCCUCCCAUCGAGGUCACGGCAAGCUGGCCGCCCCUCCCUCCGACCUCGCCCCGGCCGGGCGGGCGAAGUGCCAAGCGCGGUCGCAGAGGCCGCCCCCCACACCCCAUCCCCAAAUCGUUUCUUCUGGAACCCUUUGGGCAGAGAAGGCCACCGGCCGUUUCCCUCCCCCUCCUCUGCUUUCCCUCUCCUCCCUCCUCCGUCUAACGUCGCAUUUCAGCUUUUGACUUGGCGCGCAGAGCUGGCGCGACCGCAGAGCGGCCUGGCUGGGCAGCGGUCUGCGAGGCUGGGGGAUCGACCCGGCGCGAGGGUGCCGGGUGCAGGGCAGCGCGACGCGGGCUCGACCACACCAGCCGCCGCUGGGAGCCGGUGCUGUGUCUGCUCCUGGGCUGUCUGCCUUCGAAGCUCGGUUGGAAACCCCCCGAGGCAUAAUAGGCGCUCAAUAAAUGUGCAAUAGGUGAA